UCCUUUCUUUUUCCAUUUCUUCUUUUUUAAUAUAAUUGACUUUGAUCGCCUCCCUCACCGGGGAACAUAGUUAAGAGACCAAUCCUUCCUCCCAAAUGUCAUGGGGUACAAUGUCAAGUACAUCAAUCAAUCGAGAUCCUCCGUCGACUUACGAUCUACCUACUCCUAGUAGAUACAGUAGUUGUCUCUGCCCACCAUGAUCUCAUCGUCGGGGGAUAAGUAAGUAGUUUCACUCGAAUGCAAAGGUUGCCUACUCCGUAUUCCCUGCUUCUACUUUCCCUUGUUCUUUCAUUUUUGCCCCCUUCUUGUCCCCUCUCUUUCCUAUUUGUCUCGACUCUCGGCAACGGCACCAAAGCGCUCCACUCCCCAAGAGGUCGGACACUGCCGAAGAUCCGCCCUCCGUCCAGCAACGAGACUCGUCAGUGCCUCCGUCACUCGAGUUUCCCCAUCUAGGCAACGGGUGGAGAGCCAGAGCAAAAGUGACAGUGCAUGGCUUCCUCCUUGGAACGUGCUUUGACCACUGGAUUCUCAAAGGCUGGGCAAGGAAAAAAAAGA